GCUGUGAUGUGUUGUUGUGUUCCUCUCUCGCUCUUCAUGUUGGCUCUCAGUCCACUCACAGCUCCCUGCACCUACUUCUUGCUCCCGUUCUCAUGUCCAGAGUGCGGCUGUUGCUCCGAACCAGGUACCAAGACCCACAACGGUUGUACUGUGCCAGGGUGGUUCCAUACCAUCACCACACCUGGACAUUCAUGAACCAUGGUUGAAACAGACCUUGGCCGGCCACAAGCCACACCAAGCUCCAUCCUCUCAGUCACUACUGUAGAAACUCCGUCAUCCAUUUGCUACUCCUAAUAUUCCAUCUAUCGGCCACUUAUCGCCUAAUGACAGGCAGCGAGGCCAGCCACAGUUGUCAAUGGCAACUCCACCUGAAGCCGUCAGCCGGGAGCCGUCCUCCUCCCUCCUGUCUCUGCUAUUGUCACAUGUUUCACACCUUUGAGUCGAGACCAGAAAAACAUUCGCAGACCAUCCGUGGCCAGUUCCACCAGGAAAUGGAAAAAGAUUCCUUUAAGCGGCGCAGGCACAACCAAUGAUCGACUACACUUCCAUCGGCAAGAACUUUGUCUUGGGCUGCAGCUAGCACAAGCCCGAGCAAAUCGAUUUUGACUUCCAGAGGAGAGACGGACCGUGAACUAAACUGGUUCAGCUUCAUUAGAAACCACACGACACAGCUGACUGGUGGGGUUGGACGUGCAUUGCUAGUACUGGCAGCUUGGGAGUGCUGUGGGCUCGUGCGUCAAUCUCGUCGUCGAAGCAACAAGCCGCCCACGUCAUCGACGUGCCUUUAUUGUCACUAUUCACAAACCAUGAAAGCUUUAUCGAGAAAUGGUCCCCAGAUGGCCUGGCCGUGUUUAACAAUCUCGACGGCAGCUGGGAUCCACUAUUUCAUCAUACAAUCUUCCUGUUCAGGUGUGCCUGGCGCUUGUUGAUAUUCGAUCGAUUGAAGAAGCCAAAUGAUAGGUUGACGACGCCAGAGGCUGCACAGCCCCAUGAUCUGCGCCGGAACUAGCACGUCCAUAUUCUUCUGCAAGAUGGACCAUCAUCUGCAGGGAUUGAGAACUGCCGGGGAUUGGCCCUCUUCAGUUACUGAAGUCUGUCGCAACUGAGCCAUGUCUAUCACGUCCCCAGUUCCGGAUGGUACCCCUCGUCCACGGUAACUUCCCCAUGAUCCCCUGAAUAUCAAUACGAGUCAAAGGGUUAUACGCGCGCAGCUACCCUCAGCAGGAACAACAAACACGAGGCUUUGCGCCAUGCGCUUCUCCUCAGUUGUCUCGUGACUUGGACGCAGGGUUGGGCGACACAGAUAUACCCAGGGACUCCUUAAGCCUCCUGGUGCGCCAUGCCUGCUGCUGCGCCCUGCCUCCGAGCCGCCUGUCAUGGGGCCCGAUCUUGCGCUUUCGCUUGACCGCUGCAAGCUGCGAGCCCUUCCUUGCGCCGCCUGGACUAGUUGUCCUUGUUCCUUUCGAGUGACUGCCCGGUUGCGGCCCUCUACGAUCGCGCGACCGACUUGUUGCGGAGCCUUUCCUGGUAGAUUCGCCACGCUCCGAAGAACGUCCCCCUCCUCCCAGGGAUUGCCGAUGCGAAGAGCGCCUCGGUCGUGCUGACGGCACCUCAAAGGCUUCCUGAUCCGAUUCGUCCUCGGAAUAUUCUCCCAGAUUGCUUUCCUCGGAUUGAUGCCCCUGACCGUUGGUAUCGUAGUCAGAGUCCUGAGAAUCAUCAAUUUCGGGCGCCGUUGGAAGGUCGUAGAUAGAGCCGUCGGACUCGUCUUCACACCCAUACUUGGCCGCAACGCGGUGGCGCUGGCGUUGGUAUGCGAUGUAGGCCUCUUGGAGCCCGCGCGCGGUAAAAUCACUCUCCACCCCAGAUCUCUUCCGCUUUGGAGGUCGGGAUAGUGGAGACUGACUGCUCUCCUGGGCUUCAUUGACCAUCUCAUCUGCCAGCUUGUUGGUCCCGGUGGUUCGGGCAAUGUGGUCCGGACCCACCGGGAUGAGCCUUCGUUCCCCGGACGGUCUCUCUCCAGGCUCCCAAAAAUUCCUCACCACCUCUUCGGGGUAGUUGUAGUUGUACAGCAGUUCUUCGCCGGCUUUGAUGGAUCGCUUGGCAAACAAGCCGACCCUGACCACGCCGCUGCACAAAAGCUUCUUGGGCUCGACGUUGAUAUUCUCCUCACGUUGCGAGUUGUUCAUGAAUCGCAUUUUGUUGCCAUUGUUGGACGCAUCGAUCUCCUGACUCUUGUUGAUGACAAACAGAUAUUCCUGGUUCAAGACGUGUGUACUCUCCAAUAAAUUCACCACUGGCGAUGUCCGCGCGGCUAUACAGGCCGUACCCUUGCACCUGACUUGGGGCCUUGCUGGUCGGGGCAGGAAGACCCAGUUGGAUCCGAUUAUUCCGGCAUCGACCUCGGCGAAUCUCGUCGUUAUACUUAUUUGCCGAGUCCAGGACAUCGACGACGCCACAGCGGCCACAGAGGGCAGGAUCGCAUUCACGAUUGAGCUUCCAGCACUCACAACGACUGUCCUUGAAGCAGACUUUGUUGCCUCGCAUCGUACAGGUGCAGCCCCGGAAGCGUCGCUUGCAGGACUGGUCACAGCCGCAAAACCUUUCGCAGUGCACCUUGCUCUUGAAGCAGCUGCAAGCCGGGUUGUUGUGGCAUGGCCCAUCAUGUGAACAAGGAACAAAUGGCGGCCGCUGGUCCAGUUCUGCACUCCUUGAUACAUCGACCAAUGGUUGUAAAGCCUUCUUGUUCUUCUUGCGCAUGUGGCCCUGGUGGUGACGAUGAGUACUGCUGUCCGAGGUGGCCCCGGAGUCGGCGGCAGGAUGAGGAUAUUGGGCGAUACGGUAGACCAUAUACUGAAAAACCAUGACACAGCUCACAUCCUUGAUGAUACGAGAGAUGAGACAAGGACCCCGCUUGUUGUUCAGGUAGAACCCUAUGAGCCGGUCAACCAGGAGUUUUUGCGACUGCGACAUGAAAGGCUGGAACUUGACUUCCGACACCUUGAUGUCGCGUCGGCGGCUGACAUCCCAGAAGCAAGAGGUGCUACAGAACUCGUCGUCGGCCAAUAUGUUUCUUGUCGGCUGGCUCGCCGCUGCUGCGCGACUGUCCCCGGCAACAUCGCCGUUGGACUGCCGGCCGAUCAAGUUUGGGAGCGUUUGAGACGGGUCGACACAAAACACUCCACAUACAUGCUUGGUAGCGGCAGUGGCAUGAUGGUGGUGAUCGUCGUGUUUGUUGCGAAUGGGCAGGGCCAUGAAUUUGCGCAGAUUAUGGUCUUGCUCCUCGUCGUUGAUAAAGGCCUUGAGCUCUUCGGCACCUUCUUUUGUCCCGUGAUCGUCCUCGAUAGGGUCCUCGUACGACCCGUGAUCGGGACAGCGGUGACGGAAGCAAAUGACACAAAGACCCGGGGUCGUCUUGGUCAUAGCUUGUGGAUCUUCAUAUCGCGGCUGCAGAAGUCCGCCCAGCGCAACGUGCCAUAGACUGACGCCACUCACCCGGUGGAAGGCAUGGGCAACCAGUCCGGCGAAAGCAAGACUUCGGUCGUCCGGUUUAGGGAGCUUAUUGAACGUCUCGCUGAAGUGGAUACACCUACUUUCAGGGUCGGCAAGCUCACACGUCCUGCACCGUCGCAUCUGCUCCUCCCUCCAGGCCUUCGCCGACUCGGGCGACCAGUCAUAGUACCCGACCAACUCGCGGCCCGGAUCGAACCGAUCUUGAGUGAAAAAGUAAAGCACGUCGGUGUUACGGAUGCCCAAGGACGAAAAGAUUCGCUUGGCCCACGGUUUCCACAGCCACACCAAUUCUUGACAGUCUCGCUGAGACUUUAAGCUGGGAUAGUUGUUUUUGAACCGUUGCUCCAAUUCGAAGUACUUUUCGGUCGCGUCGGGAUCCUGCACCUCGUCUUCGGCGUCAUACGGUCGAUAUUUGGCCGUCCGAUAGUUGGGCGCGAGAAAGCUGGACGAUAUGCGGCCUAUGGACUUGUAUUUCGGGAGCAGGGUCGCCUCCGUGUAGAACGGACGUUCGGGGACUCGCACGGCCGUCAGCUUCUUGUUAUGAAAGCGUUCGUGCGGCUUAUGCCCAUGCACAUGCCCAGCUUGGGCGAUCUCCGACCCAGGUUUCACGCCGCCAGCGCCUGCAGCAGACUUUCUCCGUUGCUCCAUAACGGCUCGAAACGGGUCCUUGGCUGAUGGGUCGAGUCUAGGCCUGUGGCAUGUCCUCGCGUCAAUGGUCGCUUGUCUCAACUCGGCUUGAACAAACAUUUCUUGCCACGCCUGGAGUUGCUUCUGCGCGCUCUCGACCAGUGCCUCGAUCUUUUCGACCUCGGCUUCUAUCCUGAUGUCAAGGAGGCCGGUUUCCGGCAUAUCGGAUGUGUCGCUGUCGUCACUGAGUAGUGGAUCACUUUGUUCGCUGCUGCUCAAAUCUGAGAUAUCGUGCAUGACUCUGGGGGUUUCUUCGUCUAGUGGCGUGGUACUGUUCGUCUUCCUCGGGCUUGUAGUCGUACAAAAGACAUCCUUUGGUUCCAACCGUGCGGUGGAGCUUCGAGGAUUUGGGAUUGCGUCUGCGCGGACCACAGAUCCGCUGGGCUGAACAUCAUUCGAACUACCUUCGUGCUGCGAAACGAUCUUGGCGAAAUCACUGGUCGACAGGAACUUCAACUUGACUAUCAGCGACCGGCGCCCGGUCGUUGCUGGAGCUCUUGAAUGCGGCAUCGUUUGCAAAAGGUCAGCUGGUUUGACGGCUUGGCUAGAUCGAGUUCGUUCAGUAGACGUAUUAGACCCGCCUUGAGCGGACUGAAGCGGCUGUGCGGGGUGGAUGACCUCGUGCGGCAUUGCGGACUGUGAAGUGCCUUGGGUGGCGGGCGCUUGCUGCGGUGAAUCUGUCGUCUUAGUUGUAGAAUAGACGCAGUCACGGUCCCCUCCUUGCUUGCAAGGUCCACAGGGUCGAGCACCAUCGCAAUUAAGCCUGACACGAUUACAAUUGACACAAGCCGAAGAACUGCCAGGAGCAGUUGAAGGACUCCGAGUCAGUUUCGGCAGUGUCGGCGGGGAUUUGGCGCGUUUCGUUCCCAUAACAUCCGUCGUACCUCCUGUUGGUGUUCGCGGUCGUGCAGCACUGGCAUCGUGUAUACUAUGUCCGGUUGUUGUGGGAAAAGUUCGAAACACGACUCUGGAGCCGCUUUGCGGCGGUGAGUGGUACUCGUUCACUGACGCGACUAGGGGCCUCUGCCGAAGACCGCCGGGAAUGCUACCGGACUGGCUUGAGGGUCGCUGAUUUCUGAUGAAGCUAGGCGAUUGUAGAUUGUUGGGCAGAUAUGCAGCGCUGUUGUUUGCUGCCGGCGCCGCCGGGUUGGGAGAGCUCAGGCCGGAUGACGCGUCCAGUCGAAGCACUUGCGGGAUCUCUGGCCUCACGUACGGUGAACUAGUAGUUGGUGGAUAGAAUGGCGCAUUUCGUUUCGUGGUCGACGAUGAUGAUGGCGGAUCC